AUGUGGUGCAAGCAGAAAAGAGAAGCGCCCGAGCCAGGCCAGGAGCAAGGACCAAGCAAGGCCCCAGCCACACAAGCGGAGCAAGCAAGCGGGAGGGAGCCAGCGCCAAAGCCAGGAAGAGGAACGGCGACCGAGAGACCGAGAGACCGAGAGACCGAGAACAAGAGAGAGCGAGCGAGAGAGAGAGAGAGAGAGAGAGAGAGAGAGAGAGAGAGAGAGAGAGAGAGAGAGAGCAAGGUCUCUGUUUCGGAAAUGGCAGAGGGGUCGGGGGCUGAGGUAUCGACAAGGUGUGACAAGGUCAACAACGCAACGCAACCCACUGACACACAGACAACCAUCCAAAAGCACUGGGAUGAGGCCGUCGGCCGCACCACCAUCUCCAGGUUGCAACCACCCAAGAUCUAUCCUAAAGAGCCCAAGCCCAACAGCACGGGCCUCUACAUCCGCUACUACGACAAGAUUGACAAGGCGCACUGCUAUGCCGUGGCCCUGUACGACCCGAGUGAGCUCCCGGGCUCUGGUACCCUACACCUCCGCGCCCUGGAACGAUUCAUCAAAGAAUAUGAUUGCAAGGUCAGCUUCUGCCUCGGCUUUGCCCUCGAUGAGAAGCUCAUGGUGAAGCGCAACUCCUGCUCCAACGUCAAAGCCACGGGCAAACGCGAGAUGGACGACAAGUGGUACUUUCAGCUCGUGCAUAUCCUCCAGCAGCUCGGUCGUCGAUUCACCGACGUGACUAGUGAUGACCCCAGUGGUCUGGCCGUCGCGAUGCAAGGCAUGAGAAUAUAA